AUGUCCACUCCUCAUCCUCCUCCUCCAGCAUCAGUCUCCUCUUCCAAAUCCAUCUCCACCGAGAAAGCCCAGCCGAUUCCAUGGACGCACCAGGAGACCGUCCACCUCAUCCACGCCUAUCAAGAGAAAUGGUACUCUCUCGAAAGAGGCCAGUUGAAGUCCAGCCAGUGGGAGGAAGUCGCCGUCACCGUCGCCGCCCGCUGCGGCUACAGCGACUUCGAUCCAUCGAAAACAUCCGUUCAGUGUCGCCACAAGAUGGAGAAGCUCCGCCAGCGUUUCCGCUCCGAGAAACACCGUCUCUCCAUCGGCACCCAAUCUUCAUCGCGCUGGCUCUACUUCGACCUUAUGAGCAACCUAUUACGCGGUCCGCUCCCAAUCUCCGCUCGUCCGAUGUCUUCGAUUCCGUUCGAUAACAACGAAGCCGCUGAGAAAUCUGAUAAUUACAACUCCGAUUAUGAGGAGGAGGAGGAGGAGAGGAAUAAUCGCAGUAAAUCAAAGAGCAUUAGCAACAUACUCCGACGGCCGAUCGUUGUUGAUGAAUCCUCUUCACGAAGGAAAACUAGAAAUUCAAGUGAAGACGAAGACGAAGAAGAUGACGACGAAUACGAAGAAGAAGAAAGGAACAUUAGGGUUUCUAGGUUUCCGGAGGAGUAUGUGACCAGAGAGGCGGCAGCGGCGGCUGAGGAGGGUAAAGAGAUGUGCUCGAAAUUGGCGGCGGAGAUCCGAUUGUUCGCAGAUAGAUUGGAGGGAAUGGAGAGUUUGAAGAUGGAGAUGAUGAAAGAAGCGGAGAUGAACAGAAUUGCAAUGGAAAACAGGCGGAUUGAGAUGAUUUUGGAAUCGGAAAAGAAGAUUGUGAAUUCAAUUGCAAAGGCUUUUGGGUGUCCUCCUUCCAAGAGACUGAAGAUCGGCCAUGAUUGUUGA